CGGUCUUCGCGGCGGCGGGCAGGCGGGCAAGCGGCGCUGUCUUUGCGUGUGGCUCCCGGAGGGCGCCCGGCGGGGCCAUGAAGCCCCUCGAGGGCCGCAGCUCCGCCGACGGCACAGGCGGCGGCGGCGAGCUGGCGGAGGCGCUCGGGGAGUUCGACGCGGUGCUGGAGGACUUCUCGUCGCCGGCGCGGGAGCGGCCCCUGCGGGACGAAGAGCACCUCCGGCAGAUGAAGCGGCGGAGCAGCGCCGGCGCCAGCGAGGGCAGCGGGGCCAGCGACUCGGAGAGUGCAGAUUCCCUCUGGAGAAACAGCUUCAGCCUUAGUGAUGAAAAGCUAAAUUCUCCCACCCAGCCUGCUCCAACUGCAGCCACUUCUGCAAUAACUACUCACAAAGCAAAGCUUGGAGACACAAAAGAGCUAGAAGACUUUAUUGCUGACCUUGACAGGACCUUGGCAAGUAUGUGAAGAAGCUGUUUUGGCAGAAAUAUGCAGUUGAGCCCCAGCUGUUGUCCACCUGGAUCUACUGUUUGAUGUAGCAGCGUCAGAGGUGGAUCUCUCAUGCGUGUGUUGCUAGGCGUCUCCUGCUGCCAUUGAAAACACAACUAUUGUAUCUUUUUUCUGCAGAUUUGAAUAACAAAUGCGCUGGUGUACUUUUUCAUAAAAUAUAGCUCAAGGUUAAUUUAAACAGGCUUUUAUGAAAAUAUUUAUAAUUUUAUACUGCUAACUUUAAUACAUGUCUGUUUUGUUUUCACAAUGUAUUUUUGUAUACAAUUAAACUCUGAACUGGAAUUAAAAAAAAAAGC